AUGAAGAUUAAGCAAAGUAGAGACUUUCAGUAUGCCUCAGAAUCUGCUAAAUCAGAAAAAAUCGGAUUGGACGAAUGGCCCGGUCAACUCAGUGAGCCGGCACGGCACGAAUGGUGGUUCACUGGAUUGAUUGAAAGGAUUCGCGUUCAGCAGUGGACUGAGUUUGAUGAUGAUCGUCUUCUUCAAGGAGGAGGUCACAUGAAGUACAUUGGGUCGAUUCUGUUCCCAAAAGGCCAAUACAAGAUAUACGUCAUCCAGGCUCAGAUGAGGAAUAAUGUUCUCAAGCUUGUCAUUCUCAAGGUCAAAUUUGAGGAAAGGAAUGAUGUGACCACCAUCAAUGUCUAA